UAUAUACAACAACUCGCAUGAUAUCAAACUACUGAGUGUCUUGGCAAAUGUCUCGCAGUCCUAAAUGGCCUGUAUGGAGAGGAAAAAUGAGAUUUGCAGUCCGUUCAUCCCACGCAACAAGGCUUUGAGGAAAACAUGUGCAGAAAUAGUCAGUGAAGCAAGACAAUACUUACAAGUCCAAUCCACCAAGCGACCUUUUACUCCCAGAAAUGGUCAGAGAUUGUUGUUUGAGCACAGUUCUGUUCGCGUAAACCAUGAGAGCAGACCUCCAUCUACCUUCAGUAUUCGUGCUCAACACUUCGAUGCCCCUGACUCCAGGCCAAGUUCAGGCACUCGCCUCCCUCCCCUUGACCAUAAGCCAAAGAUCCCAGUCCUGUUCUGUGCUGAGGAUCCAGUGAAGGUCUUUCCAAAACCACCCCCCUACCCACUGGAAGGGAAGAAGCAGUUGACGGGGCCCCGAGCACGACUUGUUAGAGCUGGAUCUCUCACCAUACUGCCUUCUCUAGAUGGACACAAAGAUGUAAAAGAGAGAUGGACUCCAGACCCUGAACAAAAGCAGCCAUUAGUUGGAUACUUUCCCCGUACAGACCUAACCAAGGUCUACUGUGGUCUCCGUAAGAUCGGCCCUCACAGGACAUCAAGUGAAAGCAGAAUAAAGCGACCUGAUGUUAACUUGGGAUCAGCAAAUGGCAGAAAAGGAUGGACAACAGAGCCGUUCAAUGGAGACAAAACCGCAGGCGCACAGGGUGAUGCAGAGUCAUUGCUGUGGAAACACCGGCUCGCUGCUCUUCUCCAACAGCUGGAGACGGCGGCUGCAGGCAGUCCUGAGGGAUCAGUGGACCAUCUGAGUGAUUUGUGCAACCAUCUCCACAGCAUCUUAUCAGAAGCAGACAUGCUCGGCCAACGUUGUAAGGAGAGGUCAGGGAUUCUGCGCGCACUGUUCCACCUCAUCAACCUCAACUCUGCCCAGCUCAACCUGCACAUCGCCAAGCUCUGCCUCGCUUUGUGUGUCAGUGGAAACAACCUACUCAACAUCUGUAAGCUCAUCUUCAAGAUCAGCCGCCAUGAAAUCAACGACAUUCUCUUCCAGGACAACUCAAUCAUAGGCUCUCUGCUGGCCGUGCUGUGUAAUGAGGAUGUGUCUGCCUCUGGCGAGGCGUUACUGUACUGUGUUGGCACUUUGAAAUUUCUCUCUGGAAACACUGCAAUCCUCCAACAUAUCCUGGACAACAACUGCAUCGGUGUGGCUCAGCAGCUCCUCCAGAAGCUCAGCAGAGUCAAAGACACCCACACCCCUGUGGCAGGACACAUUCUUGUGCAGCUCACAGCAACUCUGAGGAACCUUGCCGAACACCCCAGGUCCAGGCCGCUCUUUGUCUCCUGUAUAUUACCAGAGCUCUGCGUGGUGCUGCGUCAACAUGGCAGUGACCAAGACAUCUGCAUGAACAUUUCCAGAAUAUACAGUAAACUCUCAUGUUAUGUGGAGUGUCACCUCGCACUGGUCCAGGCCCCUGGCUGCUGCCAGCUAUUUAUAGAAUUGCUGAGCAAACAUCACCAAAAACAGGACCUCAUUGUGCGUCUUCUUUUUACCCUGGGGAACCUCACCUCCAAAAGCCAUGAUGUUCGGGAGCUGCUCUUCCAGUGCGAAAACUGUGUAGACACCCUGCUACAGCUGUACAACCACUACCAGCAAAGACGCAUACCACACACACUUACACAGAGAGGUCCACAGUCGGCAAGCAAGUCUCCGACCUGUCAGGUUACUCUGCGGGAGGAUGAGGACGUGUUGGUGAAGCUGGUCAGGGUGCUGGCAAACAUGUGCAUCCAUCCUGCCGUUGGCCCAGCACUGGCCACUAAUGCAGCCUGCGUUCACCUGCUGAUGGAAACACUCGAGCUGAGGUCCGUGCAGGAGAGCGAGGAGCUGCUGGUGAAUGUGGCCUCAACCAUCAACAACAUGGCCUUCUACCAGGAAGAAAGAUCUGCAAUCCAACGCAAUCGGCUCACCAUCGCCAAGUUGAUGCUGAAGUUGGUGCUGAGCUCGAGUGUGGACGCCAUUCUCGUGGCUACUCGUGUUUAUGGAAACUUGACACAGUCCAAGGAUGUGCGGGAUUACAUCAUGCAAAACAAAGUUCACCAGUUUGUCGUGACGCUGCUGGACUCCAAAAGCACUGAGGUGUGUUUUGCAGCCUGUGGGGUGCUCACCAAUGUAGCUCAGGACCCACCCAACAGGAUCGCACUCUCACUGGAGGGGGCUGUUGCCAAACUGACUGACUGUCUGAGAGACUUGGGAGCUGGGAACUGGCAGCUAGCUGGUCAGGUUUGUCAGGCUUUAUGGAACAUGGUCGGGAGCAGCUCAGACACCCCACUGGACACACAGGAGAUGGAGAUGCUGCUGGACAUCCUCAACACAUACUUAGGUGUAGAGGAUGCUCUGAAGUGGACAGAAAAUGAAGACGGGAGGGCAUGCUGGGAGUCAGAAUUUCUUCCAGUCGCUCAGAACCUGGUAAAGGUGCUCACGUCACAACAUCAUAUGGCCUAAAAAAGUCGGAGAUACUUCUUAAAUGUUGCAUUUACAAAUAAAUAAUUAAAAAACUCUUGGGUCUUAACAGAGGUUACGAGUUCACUAUGAUUUUAGUACAUUGUUCAAAAUGUUGGGACCACUGAAUUUUUAAAAGCAGGUUUUUCCCAUUUUCUCUUAAUUCAUGUUUAAUGUAUUUGCAAUGUACGCCUAAUCUAUGAAUGAUGCACACAUUUGUAUGCACUUUAAUGUUGAUACCAAUAAAGCUUGCAGAAGCCUCAAA